AAAACUCAUAUUUAAUCUCUAUAUUUUUUUGGAAAUUAGGGUUAUAUAGGGAAGAAUUCCCGUCUAAUACAGUAAUGAAGUUCAGAUUGUGAACUCCCUUUAGAUUUUGUAGUCUCUAUUUGCAGAGCUUGUUUAAGUGGGUUUUCUAUGUGAGGUAUGUUGGUCUCUCUCCCCUCUCUGUCUUGUCUAAGUCUAUACGGAUGAAUCUCUCUCUCCUCAUUUCCAAGUAACGAUGAAUCUCUCUAUUUCCAAUUUAUGUUAAAAAAAAUGCAUGUCUAUUUCCAAUUCUAACUCUAUUUUAUGAAUGCUGUCUCUCUCUCUCUCUAACUCAUUCAUAUCUUCACUCAAUCACUCCAUAGAUAAGUAGGAAUGUGAAUUUAAAUGGUGGAUUUGCUCAUUGAUGCCAGUAAAUUAAUACGUGAAAGGAUUGUUUUCUCAACACUGAUGCUUCAUUUUUAUUUUUUCCUCACGCAUAAUGAAUUGAUGGGUCUAGUGAAUAUUUUCUUCCUUACUAUAUGAAAUUGCAUCAUGAAUUGAUGGGUGGUCUAGUGAAUAGAGAAGUGGGAUGUCUAUAGAGAUUUGCAGGAGGGGGAUGGGGAUUAUUUCAUGGAUAAACGUUAUUCCAAACAUUCAAGGAUUGUUGAAAAUUGUUUGUACGAAUUCCUCAAAACAAUUUGCACUUGACUGGUCUGUAACCAUGAUUUUAUGAACCCAAACUUAUGUCUCCAAGAUAAUGAAAUGCAAGAUUUUGAAAUCUUUGUGAGCUCAUAUAAUGCUUGCAUGAUGGCUGAUUUGUCGAGGCAAGUUAGUUAGCAUGGAGAGGAGCCAAAUUCCGAAUUUCACAAUAGUUUGUUGAUCUUUUGUACAGUCAAGCAGUAAAUGGACACUUUUUUGUUUUUCCUUCAAAGUCUAUGUGCAAGUUUCAUUUUAUGUAAAAUGAUUAUUGAUCUCGAAAUGAUGAUAUUAUCCUUAAUAUGACCUUUAAGCUGUUUAGAUACUGCUUAGUUGUGGAUGUUAUAUAGAAUAUAAGUGAACUUGUAAAGGAAAGUUCUCCAAAAAAAAAGAGAGUAAAGAGAAAUAAGUUUCUGUUUCAAGAAUCAGUUUCUUAUAAGUUGGUUUCUUCUUCGUUUUUUUUGUCAUGCAGCAUGUGGAAAUUGUGGUUUAUUUAAGCUUCCAGUACAUGCUAGUUUUCACUCAGUAAUGAUUGUCCAUGAGUUUCUUUCUAAUACAAUUUUGAUAUUUCUUAGGAAUUCCAAGGCUUACUGAGUGAUUUACAAAGUUGGGAACGUGUUGUGAAGGAAAGCGACAAAAACCCGAAGGGUCAAGUUGAUAAAAUAGGGAAACCAGAAGACUGGUAAAGGAACUGAAAGAAAAGGCCAAUCAAUGAAAUCUGCUACAGUUGAUCAAAAGGAUAUCCUAGGUUGCAGUGACUUUACAAACUAUAGCUAUUUCAGCAAUUCAAGAAGUUUAUCAAGUGAGGAUACUCCAAAUGCGACAUCAGAAAAGGAACUGGGAAAUGACUAUUUCAAGCAAAAAAAGUAUGCACAUGCAAUUGAAUGCUAUUCAAGAAGCAUUGCAUUAUCACCAUCAGCUGUUGCUUAUGCAAAUAGAGCCAUGGCCUACCUUAAAACCAGAAGGUAUGAAGAAGCUGAGAAUGAUUGUACUGAGGCCUUAAAUUUAGAUGAUCGCUAUGUAAAAGCAUAUUCACGACGUGCGACUGCAAGGAAAGAACUGGGAAAACUUCAUGCAUCCAUUGAAGAUGCUGAAUUUGCACUUAGGCUGGAACCUAAUAACCAAGAACUCAAGAAACAAUAUGCAGAGAUUAAAGAAAUAUUUGCUAAGAUAGCCAUGAAGAAGAUAUCAGGUGCAGGCAAAAGCUCCACUCAAGACAGUGGAAACAAAAGAGAUUCAGUGUCAGAAAUUAAAAUAGAUGUACAAGAUGCCCAACCACAAAGAUCCCAAAUGGAUAGUAAUGGGAAGAUCUCUAAGAAGGACCCUAGUGUUAUGAAGGAAGUGCAAAGCAGGCGGACACCAGAAGACCUGAAUGUAAGAUUGGGAUCUCAAGAAACCCAUGGGAGUACACCUGCUAAAUCCCAACUCGAUGUAUCUAAGGAUAAUCACAAAGAAUUCAUGAAGCACCAAUCCAAGGAGUCCAUCCUGGAAGUUGCUUCACGUGCAGCUUCUCGAGCAAAGGCAGCAGCCGCACAAAAUAUUGCAACCCCAAAGUCGGCAUAUGAGUUUGAAGUUGCUUGGAGAAGGCUCUCUGAAGAUCGUGCCUCUCAGUGUCUUCUUCUAAAAACUAUCUUACCCGAGUCGCUACCACAAUUAUUCAAGAAUGCACUUUCUGCCCCUAUGUUGAUUGAAAUCAUCAAGUGUGUAGCAGAAUUUUUUAGGGAAGAAACCAAUCUGGCUGUCAAUAUUUUGGAUAAUUUGACCAGAAUUGGACGGUUUGAUAUGAUCAUCAUGUGUCUUUCCUCAAAGGAUAAAGCUGAUCUCCAAAGGAUUUGGGAUGAAGUCGUCUCCAGUUGUGCAGUAACAAUGGAGCAUGCAGAGACUCUUGAGCGGUUGCAUUCAAAAUACUGCCCUCGAUGAUGCCACAAGUUAUCUGGGAAAUGCAAUGUAAAAGGGUUUACAGUGGGAGAUGUUGGGGCUUUUGAAAGUGGGCACUCUUGCCAGAUUGCUCUAGAGUUGCACUGGGAGAUUUUAGGGCUUUCAAAGGUGGGCACUCUUCCCAGAUUCAUCUAGUUGUAGUUCAUUGCAUUGGCGACCCACGUUUGGGACUCUUUGUAUUGAAAACAUGUUAUGUUUUGCAAGGGCUAAGCUGGAAUGUUGAGGUUCUUUUUCUUUG